AUGGCGAUCAUAAAAAAGCAAAAACAAUACAGAAAGAAAAAAGUUGAUUCUGACUCUGAUGAACAAGAAGUAGCAGUAGAACAAACAGAAGAAGAAAUAAGUUCCACAAUAGAAGAGUUGGAAGAAUUGAGAAGACUUCGCCGUAAACGCAAAGGCAUAGAUGCUGAGAAACUAUUGAAAGGUGCAGAAAAAAAAUCAAAGAAGAAGAAAGCCGAUGACAGUAGCAAUGGCUGGAACCUGAAAACUGGUGGUUUAGUGCCUUCGGUCGAUCAAUAUAAAGCUAAGGUAGAAGAAGGCGAAGAAGUUAAUAGUACAGCUAAAAAGCUCAAAUUAGACGCUUUUGCCACCGCAACAAACACAUUAGAUGUGGAUAAGCAUAUGAUGGAAUACAUCGAGAACGAAAUGAAAAAAAGAAGAGGUGGCAAUCCUGACCAAGCACAAGAUGAUGAGGAUGAAAAUGAGAAUAAUGAACACAAGGGAUUAGUAGACAUCUAUGAAGAACUAUAUCGUAUCCCGGAUAGAUUGAAAACCGAAAAGAAACCUGAAUCAGAGGGAAAUGUUCAACUAUCAACCCAAAUGCUUACAGCUAUUCCCGAAGUGGAUCUUGGUAUAGAUACUCGAUUAAAAAACAUCGAAGAAACUGAAAAGGCAAAGCGUAAAUUAUUAGAUGAAACAGAAAAAGAAGAAUUACAGGGUCAUCAACCAGAUCGGACACAGGGAAAUUAUGAAAAGCAUAUACCGAAGCAAUUUAAACCAAGAUUAGGUCAUGUACUAAGAGCAACAGAUGAACAAGCAGUAGCUCGAUUUAAAAAGAGGAUGAGGAAAUAA